GUCUCACUAUGUAGCUCAGGCUAGCCUCAAACUUGCAGUGAUUCUCUUCCCUUAGCCUGCUGGUGCUGGAGUUAUAGGCAUGUGCCACCACACUUGGCUCAUAUAGGAAGUUUUAAAACCUGAAUGAAGACCAAAAUACACUGUGAGCAAAAUGAUUAUUGAAGAGAGACAGGACCCAACCACAAAAUAGCUAAUUUAAAAAAAAGGGAUCUUAACCUACUAUCCUAAAGCUAAUUCAUUUAUUUCCCCUUAGUCCUUAACAGGUGGAACUGGAGGGGAGGCAAAGGGCCAAUGAUACCUACCUUGUGUCUGCCCUGGCUGCAUGUUGGGGAAGAACUCGGGCCUCAUGCAAAGAAAGCAAGCGAUCUACCUACUGAACUACACCCUAAAGCUGCUGUGGCUUUAGAGUGGUGGUCCCAGCUGGUGGCUGGUGUCAAGUACUACCUGACCAUGGACUUGGAGAGCACAGCAUGCCGGAAGACCAGGGUCUCCGGAGACCACAUGGACCUCACCACCUGCCCCCUGGCCACAGGGGUGGAGCAGGAGAAGCUGCGCUGUGACUUUGAGAUCCUUGAAGUCCCCUGGAAGAAUUCCACCGAGCUUCUGAAGCACAAAUGUAUGCAGCAGUGACUGACCCCAGGGCCAGCACCAGAGGGGCUGCACACAGGGUGGAGGGCACUGCUGGGCCCCAGGCCACAUGGGCUGCAAUAAACAACCAGCGCUGCUUCUUGCAUUGGUGUCUCCCGU